AUGCAUUUGACUGACGAUCAGUUGGUGGAUUACGCAUAUCGUGAUUGGGUGGCACAAACUGCGGAUCUUGACUACUUCUCCUUUGCCCGACACUGUCAACUUUCAGAGAGAGAUACGAACGCGCACUAUGGAUCGAUCUUGAACACACUGCUAAAGAGCCCCGACCACCAAGUGGUGAAGCUUGCCAAACAAGCGCAAAAAACGUUCCAGCAACGCAAGGGGAAGGGUAGUAACGAGAUGUCUGCUUUUUUUGUCAAGUAUACGCAGUUCUGGGGCAAAGGUGAUGAACAUCGUGACGACCAGCAACAAGGCGCGAGUUCCAGCGAAGCCUUUUCACGCUUGAAUAAAAGGCAAUUUGACGCUGUGAACGACUUGAAUGAUAUCAUGUGCUCCACCAUUGUUGACAAUGCCAAGAAGCUGAAGAUGUCUAUGGAUGAAGCAGCAGAGCUGGUGUCAACAUUGCCAAAGCCAAAUUCAAGCAGCAUCAUGGUCAAUGACAUCCUUGACUGGGAUAAGGCGACGAAGAUGAUCUUGAAGGAGACAUCAUGCUACAAGGGAAUCAAGAAGCGUCUUGCAUUGGAGCCUGCCAUAAGGUCAAGCGUAUUCAUCCAAUACAUCGAGCAGAUUGUAGCCUGCUCACCAACGCAGCAUAACCUUCAAGUCGCCAUCCGUACUUCGCCUGUGUCACCAGCCGACUAUGAUUGUUACGCACAUGCCGAUUUCCGCAUUGCUGAAAAGCUAAUGCACCACUUCCUCGACCUCAUCCAAGCACCUGUAAAAAUCCUUCAUGAACGCUCCCUUGAACGCACAGCUGCUUGUUCCACCACCAUCUUCCUCAUCAACACGCUCUUUCUCUCCUGCAAUGAUACACUCAAACUUAAAUGGAUUGAGGUUAGCGUUGAGCCGUCUGGCUCUGUCAAAUGGGAUGGCCUUGGUUUGGCAGUUGAUGAUGGAUGCUCGGGUGCUGUACCGAUGGUUGCAGAAUUUGCUGGUGGUAUCCGCACACAUACCAAGUUGAAGAAGAACAGCGACCACGCAAAGCUCCUACUCCAUGCCAAGGACAUGGUUGAUGCAAACUCAAAGUAUUCAAGCGCUCACUGCGGGAAAGUGUUUUGUAUUUUGUACCAUGAAAUGAGCAUCACGUUGGAUAUCUUGGUCAAUGCAGAGGACAAAUACGUCCGCAAAAAUAUCAUGGAGUUCAAGCUGCCAACCACGGAACUAGAAUUGAAGGAAUUUGCUGCGAAGCUGGAAUUGCUUUUGCAAUGGCGCGACACAGUCAUAUCCAAUGUGAAAUCUUUGCAGUCCUAG